UCAAGAUGAGCACUUCGUUACAGCCUCGCUCCCUCUUCGGUUGUCAGUAUGAUGUGAGCAAAGGUGAAGUGGCAUUUACAUUAUUGAACCAUUACCUACAGGGACUCCUUUGUCGGAAACCUGGAUUUGAAACUACUACCAAAAGGAAAGAGGGUGGAUCUGGAACUGAAUUUCAGUUAAUUAUUCCUGGAUCUAAAAUUCCACAGUGGUUAAAACAUCAAAGUGUGACGAAUUCAGUAAGCAUAGUGCCGCCUCCAAACUGGUGUAAUAGUAGAUGGAUGGGAUUUGCUCAAUCAGAUUGUUUGUAUGCAUCAUAUUCACCUAUUAUUGCUAAUGCUGAGGAGCAUGGCAAAACAUCUGGUCUUAGAGCUCGUGUGAUAGCCCUUGGUGAUAUGCCUCACAGUCACUGUGCCACUGAAAUUUUCUUUCGGAUGGAAUUAGGUGCAGAUCACAUUUGUCUAUUGUAUCUAUCUCGUGAUGAUUGGUUUGCUACUGGUUGGAAUGGUGAAUGCAAUCAGAUUGAGAUUGUAUUUGAGACCACUAACCCAUCCUGGGUUACACAGAAAUGUGGGGUCAUUUGA